ACUGUAGCUAUAGCCUACAUGUAUCACUUUAAUAGAAGAAUGAGUCGUAAAAAUAUAAUGACAACAACAACAAACUAAAACUGCAAGCGGAUAGGCUUCAUCGUGAACCCUGCAAGGUCGAAGGUCAGAGUGCAAUAUUAUGUAGAAAAUUAAAUAUGGAGUCCAUCUUUCAUGAAAAACAAGAGGGCUCUCUGUGCGCUCAGCAUUGCUUAAAUAACCUUUUGCAAGGCGAAUAUUUCACCCCUGUGGACCUAUCGUCCAUCGCUCAUCAACUGGAUGAAGAGGAACGGAUGAGAAUGGCCGAAGGGGGUAUGGCCAGUGAGGAGUACAGAACGUUCUUACAGCAACCAUCUGGUAACAUGGAUGAUAGCGGUUUCUUUUCAAUACAAGUCAUCAGUAAUGCUCUAGGAGUGUGGGGUUUGGAACUCCUCCUCUUCAACAGCAGAGAGUACCAAAGACUAAUGAUAAACCCCAUAAACGAAAAGGCUUUUAUCUGCAACUACAAGGAGCACUGGUUCACUGUACGGAAACUUGGACAACAGUGGUUUAAUUUAAACUCUUUGCUGACUGGACCUGAGCUGAUAUCAGACACAUAUCUAGCCCUCUUUCUAGCACAGUUACAACAGGAAGGUUAUUCCAUAUUCGUGAUCCGAGGUAACCUCCCGGACUGCGAAGCAGAGCAGAUUCUGAAGAUCAUGAGAGUGCAGCAACAGCAGCGCCCCAAGCUGAUCGGAGAAGAGGAAGGCCAGUCAACAAGCAGCCAAGGCCGGAUGUUAGGGCAGAGUCAGAUGGAGGUGGUCCCUGGUGUGGAGGAGGGGGUGGUAGAGGAGGAUGAAGCGGAGCUGAGGAAAGCUCUGGCCAUGAGCCGGCAGGACAUGGAGGUGGAGGACGAGGAGGCGGACCUUCGCAGGGCCAUACAGCUCAGCAUGCAGGGGGCAGUGAUGAGCAACAAGACCUCCGCAGAGCCCAAAGCGGGGCAUGUCGCCAAGAUGCCCGGCCAGGCCCCGGGAAGUGCGGCAAGGGUGACGUCAGGGGGCGCUCAGAGCGAGACGCUCACAGCAGAGGAGCUCCGCAGAAGGAGACAAGCCUACUUUGAUAGGCAAUCCCAACAGCAACAAGUUCAACCAGCCUCUCCUGCCCAGCAGGAGGGUACACAGGAAGAGGAACCACAAUCCAAGCGCAGCCAGUGAUGCAGAGGAAGGUCCAUCUGAAGCCUAUGUUGACUACCACCUGCCUGGAUUGGCGACCCCACCUCUGACUCUAUCCACAUGCAAACAGAUGGCUGGCCAGAAGGCUGACAUACCUCCCCUGGCUAGUUUUGCAGACAGAAUAGAGUAGAAAAUAACAACCAAGAGAAGGCCAAAAAAAGCACAUGUCUAAUCUAACUCUGUGACACUUUAAUGGGAAUAGGGAGGAUGUGGAAUUGCCAUGCGGUUAGUUAAAGUCUGUGUUGGCCUUUGCACCACAGCGCCUUCAAUUUCUGAUUUCUGGUUUGUUUGUUAUCUCACUACUUGUUUUUUCCCCCCUGAAAAGGGGUGAUGAAGUGUCUUCAUGGAGCACAUUGUGCUCGGGUGUGUUGGAUGGGGGGUAGAGGUGACACACCAGUGAGUCGGAGGACCAGAUAGUGGGGUAGAAUCCAGAACCCAGAGUCACCCACCAGCCUUGAAGGUGGAAGAGGUACAUGGGACCAUUGGUUGAUACGAUUAGAGGUGUGGGAGGGUGUAGGACCAUCAUGUCUCGUCUUCAACUUGUGUUUGAAGAAAGCACCAUGCCCCGAGAAAAGUCUCCAUUAAAGUGAAUUGAUUUUACUUGUCAAGAAACAUCUUGCAACCAGUGUUGAGAAUCGUAGGUUCGAGGUUGAGAAUAUGCUUUGACCAGUUAAAAUGAAUAAUAUUUUUCAAACAGUCUCAGACCCAAGAUGGCAUUCAAAUUUGAAAGGUCAAACACUAUUUUAUAUUAUGUACAUUAAAAUGGUAUAUAAAAUGAACAAUAGUGUUUACAAUCACCGUGUUUACAUGGAAUUUGCCACUGAAUUAUUUGGAAGUGCCAAGUAAAAGGACGGUAUUGCCCCGCUCCCAAAUAGAAAUGCAUAAAUCCGAUGUAGGAUUAGAGGUACUGGCCUGUAAUAGAUAACUUUCAGAUAUCAAUUCAUUGAUUCAUGAAUUUCUUUGAUUUAAGUUUACUUUGAUUUAUUAGGCUUUUUGAAACUGUAAUUGCAGAUACUAUGGAUCAUACUACUGUUAUGUAUGGGGCUUAAUGGUUUUCCCUUCUUGUCAUUCUACAAUAAUAUGUACUUAACAAUCGUUUGUUAUACUUUAUCAUGUAAUUAAUUCAUUCAAUGCAUCAUUAAUUUACUGCAUCUCAUUAUUUUCUCUUAAAAUAAAAGUUUUGUGGUUAAGAA